UUUGCAUUCAAGAGUUUCGGUCAAAAUUCAUGUUCAAUUCAAUUUCAAUUUUUCCCCUCAAAAAACUGUAAUUUCAGCGGAAUGUUUCUGAAGAAGUGCUGCUUCAUCUUGCCCCUGAACGUAGGUUGCAUGAUCAUUGGAGGGAUCCUCACGUGUUUCCACGUUGGGGAGCUGAUAACGCAUAAUGGUGACUCUGUGUUUAUCAGGAUGACAUCCACUAAAUGGUGGGCUCCCGUUAUAUUGUGUCCCAUCCUGGUGUUUGGAACUCUGAGCUCUAUACUACUAAUCUAUGCGGCGUCCAAGCGCAAGCGAGGUUAUGUCCUUCUGUGGUUGAUCACCUAUGUAUUUAUACUCGGUUUGUAUAUUAUAUUGGCCAUUGUCCAGCUGGCAAAAUCUAAACCUGUACCGGCUAUAUUAACCGUUCAGGUUAUCAUUAUAGUUGGUCUUAUAUACUCUUUGCUGAUAGUGUAUGGUUAUUACAAAUAUCUCAGCAGUGUGGAAUCUGAUGAUUCAAUUUGAUAUGAUGCAGCAAGUUAAAAAUAAAGGAUUUUCCCUUUUUUAUACGACAUUAAAGUAUAAACUUAUGUUGUAACGAGAAAUCCACCAGUAAAAUAAAUUCAAAUUUGUCAAGAAAAUACAGAAAAUUUAAUUUGAAAUUCGUAGAGCAGGUUAGGAU